GGAAGGUGUCCCUGCCCAUGGCAAGGGGUGGAAUAAGAUAAGCUUUAAGGCUUUAAAACCCCAUUUUCUCCACAAAACACUCGAAUGUUUCCUAAGGGCGCUGUCUGUGUACUCUACAGAGCCUGCAGAAGUGUACUAAAUACGAUAACAGAAAUGAAUUAAAUGGGCAGGAUCAUUUGGAAGUGCUUAUAAGUAUUUGGAGGAACAGCAAGUGCUGUCACUGAUAAGGGCCAAGUGACACCUUUUUUAUAUCAGAGAGGGACAUGGUGAGUUUUAAGUCCCGUGUCAUGACAAACCCAGUACCUCUUAAAAACAAGGCUGAGACGAGAGCAUACAAGAAGCAGCUGGAAUUGUGCUGCACAGGCAGAUGGAUCCUCAGGCAUCCCCAGUUUAAGUCAAAUACAGUGUUUCAAAAGGCACAAGCACGUCUGGAGUGAUGUGGAAAGCAGCUGCUGCAAGUUAGGCACGGCGUGGCUCCGUGCAGGAUGCGGUGCUGGAACUGGCAGUCCUGCAACCUUCCAGGUUUUAUGAGGCAGCAGAGCUCCUGUGUUUGUGCUCCUGGAAACAUGGGGGAAGAAAAGGAAAGAAACCCCGCCUUUUAUGACCCUGAGGAGCAGGACAAGCGCCAGGGCAGCUAAAGGCUAGUGAAUUCAGGCCAGCAACCUGUACCUUGUUAUUUUUGUGCAUGCUCUGGAUUAAUCCCCAGGGGAAUUCUGAGGGGCUGGAACGGGGGUUACCUUCAGUUUUGGGGUGUGACAGCUCUGUGCCCAUCCCCACGGUGGGCACAGGCAGCUCUCCCACACACACAGAGCAGCCUGGACGCUCUGGAGCAGUGGAGGCGGCUUCAUCCUGCCCCUCACUGCCUUCAUCCAUCCUCGGAGACGCGUCACCGCUGGCUCUGCAGCCUGGGGAACUCCGAGACACCCUUCCUAACUCAGGCUCUGCUCUUUGUCCUCCCAGGCUGGGCCGGGGUGCAAUGGCAGCCUCCUCCUCAUCCUCCUCGGCCGGUGGAGUCAGUGGCAGUUCCGUGACAGGGUCAGGGUUCAGCGUCUCGGACCUGGCGCCACCCCGGAAAGCUCUCUUCACUUAUCCCAAAGGAGCCGGGGAGAUGCUGGAAGAUGGCUCUGAGAGGUUCCUCUGUGAGUCUGUGUUCAGCUUUCAGGUUGCAUCGACGUUAAAGCAAGUGAAGCACGAUCAACAAGUCGCAAGGAUGGAAAAACUUGCCGGUCUGGUGGAAGAGCUGGAGGCAGAUGAGUGGAGGUACAAGCCAAUAGAGCAGCUCCUGGGAUUCACUCCCUCCUCAGGCUGAGCGUGUCUGGAUCGCUGCUGUCAGGGAGCAGAAGAAAAACAUUCCCUGGCCUGGCUUCAAAACACCCCCCAUUUAUCAGAUGCUGACAGCUUCAUCGGCCAGGAUGGGGCUUUGGGUUUUUUUGAGAGUGGGGAUCCCCCGUAAAGCUGCCAAUAAAUGGAAAUGAGGGGAUUCUGUAGGUCCUUACAGGCUGGCAGGGCUUGGAUUCUGUAACUUGGAAGGCAGGAUCAGCUGUACAGCCCUCGGAGAAUCUCGUAUCGUUUACAGAGGAGGGCACACGGACAGUGUGGCUGUGGGGAGGGCGACCCCGUAACUCAGCCCAGGUUCCCGCUGGAGCGCAGCCGGAGCGCUGGGUGAGCGGGGAAACCCUCUGGAGCAAACGCCAGAAGCACUCCUCAGCCCCAGCUGUCGUUCUGGGGGACGGACACAAACUGUCCUGGGGUCAGGUGAGGGGCCAAGCGGUGUCACCUCCUCCAGCAGUGCCUCGGCCAUUGCCCAAGCCAUUCCCUUUUCAUCGCCCUUUCUCUGAUAGCACUGGUGGGACACUGCUCUGUCUUUAAUACCCUGAAACUUUGUUCUCUUUGUUCUGUGUUAGAUUUCUGACAAUAAAAUAAUUCUUUCUCUGAAA